UUGCUAGCACCCUGAAUGCAGCAGACAAAGAUGGCUGCGCCCUGUGGACGGAUGGCGAGUCGGCCUCUCCGACAGUUUCUGUCUUGUUUCAGCAGGACACCCGUCGGGAACUCGGCUUUUCGUCAGUUUUCCAGCGCUUCCGUUUGUCGGGCGUCUUUUCCAUGCAGCGAAGCGGCGGAAAGAGCGAGUUCACCGUGGACUCUGAUGGCAGCGGUGUGUCUGCAGAGGCUGCCGGUCAUCUCAGCGGACUGCAGCCCCAUCGAGCAACAGUUCAGACAGAUGCUGCACCAGAUCGAGCUAGAAAAAAGCGUUCUGUCAGACCACGAGCUGCGUCUCCUGGAGGAUGCUGAGAGGAUGAGUCGUAAACAGGCGGGCGACUAUGACUCAGACGAAGAAGAAAGCCACGGGGACCAGGAGAUAAUGUUGGCUCAGGACUUGGAAGAUACCUGGGAGCAGAAAAUGAAGAGCUUUCAGCCAGCGCCGAGGGUCAGAGCCGAUGUAGAUAAGGACCUGACCUCAGCGGAGCGCUGUUUGGCCGACUCGCUGGUUUUUCUGGCCGAGCAGGAAGUGGGGGGUGAGAAGCUGUGGCUGCUGCCUCAGACUCGGUGGCAGGAGGGAGAAACGCUGCGACAGACGGCUGAGAGAGCCCUCACCUCCCUGCCAGCAGCUGGUUUCAAGGCGACUUUCCUUGGGAACGCCCCCUGCGGAGUCUACAAGUACAAACUGCCCAAAGCCAUUCGGACGGAGAACUCAGUCGGGACAAAAGUGUUCUUCUUCAAAGCCGUCCUGACAGAUGGAGCCCCUCCCACAGCAAAAAAAGCUCCUUUUCUGUGGGUGAGGAAGAGCGAACUGCAGAAAUACCUCAAACCAGCAUACCUGAUGAAAGUCGAACGCUUCAUCCUCGACCUGUGACACUUCAGCGUAUACAGGGACACUGACUUACAUUUAUGAGGCCCAGAAAGUUACCUUUAUGGCUUAUCUGUCACCUUUAUUGUCCAGUGAUUUAAUCAAAUCUGUGUAUUUCAUUCUACAAAUAAAGUGUUUGUUUUUUUUUUUCCACA